UACGUCAACAGACCUCUCACUCGAGAGUUUGAACGUAUGUGCCUGGCCGAGUUCGCGUCAGACUACAGGGUAGUCUACGGCCGGCAAACAGAAAGCCCGAAUGCCAUUCCAUUGUUGAACGAUGAAGGAUUUAUUCAAAAGAGAACCGUAGGAAAACCAGCAAUCAUUAGAUUUACUCACUUCUCUGAGGAAAAAACUCCAGAGAAGUUUUAUAGAAGAUUGCUGAAACUUUAUCUCCCACAUCGAUCCGACGCUGAUCCGAGAGAUGAAGCGCACCCCACUUAUGAAGAGUUUUAUAAGUGUAGCGACAAAUGGGGUAUGAGAGUAGAGGAAAUAGUGAGGCACAACAAAAAACGUUAUGAGGGCCAAGGAAAAAACAUGGAAGCUGCUUUUCAGCAGCUUCAUGUGUGCAGUCCUCUCGUGAAUGCUUGGAACUCUUUUGCGCCCGAAGUUGGAGUUGACCGGCUGGAGUGCCUGGCUGAAUGUGAACCUCGCGAUCAGGAGCAAAACAGUGAAGAUGUCCCAGAAUUCGGCACUAAGAAGGAUAAGGGGAGCUCUAUGCCUAGAAUAGAUGCUCCAGAGUUGAGUCCAGACUUUGUUAGGAAAAUGUACCAAAGUCUGAACGAAACUCAGGCCUCCGUUUUCUACACUGUUCGACAGUGGUGCCUUGAACUAGUCUGGGGCCACAAUCCAGAACCAUUUUAUUACUUCCUGUCGGGAGGGGCUGGAUGUGACAAAUCGCAUGUGAUUAAGUGCAUUCACCACGAGGCAACGAGAAUUCUGCGUGAGCUCCCGAGAUUUCGGGACCAUGCAGACAGGCUCUUGCUUACGCAGGCAGUGGCUGAUAGUCUGCAUUGCUCAGCACUGAGUCUACACAUCUACGCCACAAACAAAGAAGUAGACCGUCACAACGCAGACAUCGUAACUGCUUCCUACAAGGAUGCGAUUGGAGUUGCAGCUCGUGAUUUUCGAAAAGACCCCAGAACUGGCUGCAUGACGUUUGUGUUUUAAAUUAAAGGACACAAGCGAGAUUUGCCCGACAACAUAAUGGCUGCUCAAGGAGUACGCGUUAUGUUGAUCCGAAAUUUAGAUGUGGAAGACGGCCUUGUGAAUGGUACAUUUGGAACCAUUUCUAACAUUGUAAUUAGAGAACCUGAAGGCGUGAAGAUGAUUGGACUCCUGCUGGACAAUACUACAGCAGGACAGAGAUACUGCAAAAAAAUCUUAGGUCCCUCAGAUGACUCAGUGUACAUCGAAAGAUCUGAGGAGAACCUAAGUAACAAGAAGGGGGUUAUUCGCCAGCAGUUCCCCGUGAAAUUAGCUUUUGCUUGUACGGCCCACAAAGUUCAAGGAAUGACCGUGCCGUCGGCGGGUGUGUGUCUGAAGCGUGUUUUUGAACCUGGUAUGGCGUACGUCGCACUCAGCCGCACAACCUUGUUUCAAGGUCUCACCAUCCUUGACUUUGAUGAGAAAAAAAUUUACGCUGACCCCAAGAUCAAGACAGCCCUGGAAAGUAUGCCUCAUGCAUCUUUCCAGAGCUGUAGACUAUUGUUUUUGAAAUCUAUACAACAAACGCCAAAGGUUUUCACAAUUGUCCACCACAACACGCAGGGUUUGCCAUGUCACAUGGUGGACCUGAAAGCACAUCAUGAGCUCCAACAAGCAGAUGUGCUUUGCCUUACAGAGACACAUUUGUCAGGGUCCUCUGUGGCUGAAACUUUUCAAUUGGAGGGGUACACCAUGUUCACACGUAGCAGACAGUUGUCUUACAACAGCUGUGUGAACAUGGCCAAAAAAGAGGGAGGUGGACUUGCGAUGUACUGUAGAGACACUGUGCAAGCAGAGCCCCGCAGGCACAUGCAACAGGUCACUGAUUUAGAGUUUGUUGUCCUUAAAAUUGAGGCUGCAGUCAAAGUGCUAAUAGCGACUGUGUACAAACCGCCAAGUUUUCAACUGGGAAUCUUUCUUCAAAACUUGAAAAAGGGCCUUGGUCAUAUGGCUGAGGUUUACUGAAGUUCUGCUUUAAAGAAGCCUCGAGCCCAGCAUGUCUCAGAAGAUAGUUAGGUUUAGUUUGGAGUUAGGCAGGUACCAGGGGGCUUGCUAAAGUUUUAGCUUCAUGUCUUGUGUCGAUGAGAAGCCUGUCUGAUUGGGAUAGUCGUAUGUAUGUGUGUAGCUUAAUCACUGCUGGCGACAAGAGUGCUUGUCUCGUCCCCUGACCUUGUUGUUACCUGUGUAUAAAUUGUGAAGACUCCUUUACUCUGGGCUCAUUCACUUGGCUCAUGAAUUUGACUGGGUGGUGAGUCCAUCUGCAGAUGGUUGGAUUAAACUUACAGAAAAGACAGAACUGACUUUACUCUUUUAUAGACAGAAAUUUCCGCCACAAUUUGGCGACGAGUGAUGGGAUCACUUCUGUGAGAGAGACCCUUAAACUCAGUGCAGACGGGUACCCGGGAGCUCGGACUUCAAAACCUCAACCUCGCCAUCACGUACGCACUUGAAUCGAUUCUUGCCACUUUCGGGUGGGCGUGACAGGUGUGUCAACAGGACAGGUUUGGGUUUUCGAACCACUGUAGAAUCAAGGAAGCUUCAGAAAAUUUGUGUGUAUGUACCUGAAUCGAUUCUCGCCACUUUUGGGUGGGCGUGACAGACGUGUCAACAGGGCAGGUUUGGGUUUCGAGCCGCUGUAGAAUCAAGGAAGCUUCAAAAGGGUUUCAGUCCCUGUGAGUUUUUCUAGAGAACUCUGGUUUGUGAUAGAGAGGAACUGAGAGCCAGCGAGCACUGAGAUUUUCCUUCUUGGGAGUAGAGCAAAUCAUGUGGGAAAUUGCCAUUGUUUGAAUAAACUUUGAAGGCCCGAUCUCUAUCGUCUAAAUGACUGCUGGUGAUCCGGUAGAUGCCCGGAUUUGUCCCUCUCUCUCGUUAGGGGGAAAGUAAUUUCUCAAAGUGGGUCGCAGUGCCAAUUCCACCCAGGGCGGGGCAGAGGGAGGCGAUCGCUGGUGGUUGAGAGCCUAAACACACCACCACCGUAUGCCACCGUCAGCCACAGCCCGCACCACACACGGAGCAACUCUGUGUACAACCCCCUGAAGACAGAAUUCCAGGCUCCCAUGGUGUAGGUGGCGGGGAGUGAGGGUUGAGUGCAGCUGGUUUAUAGGCCUUGGACAUACAGUGACAUGAAGGACGCUGCCGCGUUGAUUCCAGACGUCCGCAAUGGGGGAGCGGAGUUUGUGAUUCAGCUCAUGACCUUUUGCCGACAGUUCAAGCCCACCACUGCUGAACUGCAACGCCUGCUGAUGGUUCAGAUGGGUACAACGUGGGCCUGAGUUGUGGGCGACUACUCCGUGGAGGACAUCAGGGUAGAGAACUCUGACUGGGCCAGCGACGACAAUUUGGCAUACAGAGACGUCAUUGGACGUCUGUCUGAUUCUGUAACAUAGUCGGUACAGAAUCAGACAGACCUUCCCUCUGAAAUUAGACAUGGGGAAGAUUUCUGUUCCUCAACAACGAAAAGAACCGAAAUUCGACAGGCUUGACAGAAACAGUCCAAUUGGCUCAGUUGGCAUGCUACGAGCACCAAGCGAGGGGUCGCGAACGAGGACGAGGAAAGGGACGCCGGGGCAGAUUCAAAAAUCGCCCUGGCACCUGUCAUAGAUGUGGAAAAAUGGGACAUUGGCAAGACAACUGCCCAGAGAACGACGCAACGGUCGACUGACUAGCUGAGGAGCCGAGUACAGUGACGGACGAAUCUGGUUUUGACGCACAGGCUGAGGAGGAGAAGCAACCUACGCAUCUUUCAUGUGAGAGCACCAACACUGACACACACACACCACAAGAGAUGUAUGCCCUUACACUGCAAGCUAUCACAUAUCUUGAAAAUAAACAAAAAACAGCAGAAGAAAAGCUAACUGCAUUAUAUGCUUCAUUUUCCUCUGAAGCAUACCAAAACAGGCCUACGCACACUCUCAUAAUAGGGCAAACAUGCGCACCUUUUUGGUAGAUUCAGGGGCAGCGAUAUCUCUCAUUAGACAUGAUGCGCUAAACCCUACACCGAAGAUGAGUGCACGCUAUCUUAAAACCGUAGGAGUUUCAGGCUCCUCAAUGACAGAAAGGUACACCACUCCACUUGCAUGCGAAGAUGAGCUACAGGGCCGUUUUAAACACUCUUUCCUGCUUUCUAAACACUGUCCCGUGAAUCUCAUGGGGAUCGAUCUGAUGUGUGCUUUGGGUAUCGGUUUAAGAUCGACUCCGGAGGGGUUAGUGGUGGUUAGGGAAGCAGCCACAUUCGUGAAGUAUGGUAAAGAAGAUCUUUUUUACUCACAUCACUGGCAGCUCCCCCUCACAGCUCUUGAUUCUGUAAAUCACACCCUCCUGCAGACAGCCAGAGCAUGCACAGCGCACACACGCAAUACACAUGCAGACAUGGUGAGAGCACAAGACCUUCAGUGCACAGCACACAUCUCCCUCGGUCCUGAUACGAGCUUUGAAAAAAACUGGUGCAGGGAGAGACAGGGGCAAGAUAACUGAGGCUUGUGUGGUUGUAUUGGAACGACAAAAUGUGUGUUGCUUCUGUAACCUUGACGGAUUCCCACUCUCAGCGUUUGUUCUCGGUACCGAACUCUGACCCUCACAUUCCAUUGAUCAAACCAAAGGGGAAAGGGUGGCAGGAAUUGGGACCAUGGACCAGGGCGUGCAAUGAUGCAACAGGUUGGACACAGACAUCCGAUCCACAUGUUGAGUAUCACCGCCAUUUGAGAGCAUACAGAAAACGGUUUUCAGCUGUAAUAACUGCAGUACGAUCUGUUGAGCUCAUACCUGACACAAAAUGGGAUUUGUCAAAAUUUGUCAGGUCAAAUAAGGGCUGUUUUGAUUCUUUUGAUGCUUGUCAUGAAGGAUUUUUUGUUGAUGACGUCACUGAGGUACCAGAGUUAAGCCAAGUGCCAGCACACUUAUGGGCACAGCAUAAACAUGAUGUUGGGCUUAUCAAAAAUGCAGAACCUGUAAUAAUCACUCCAAAAUCUUCCUACAGGCCAUGCCAGAACCAGUAUCCCCUGAAAAAAGAGGCUGUGGAGGGCAUCAAACCAGUGUUUGAAGCACUCCGCAAGGCCGGCGUCAUCGUUCCGUGUGAAAAUUCACCCGUGCGCACGCCAAUCUUCCCAGUCAAAAAGAUCAAACAAGUGGGCCAGCCCGACGAAUGGAGGUUUGUACAAGACCUACAAGCAGUAAAUGCAGCCAUUCAUGCACGCGCGCCAACCGUCCCUAACCCUCACACCAUUCUCUCACAAGUUCCACCCGACAGUAAGUGGUUCUCUGUUGUUGAUCUAGCCAAUGCUUUCUUCAGCAUUCCUGUUCACCCAGACAGCCAAUUCUGGUUUGCGUUUACGUUUGAAAAUAAGACCUACACAUUCACGCACUUGUGCCAGGGCCUGUCUGAGUCACCAACAAUUUUUAACACAGCACUGUGCGACAAUUUGGAUUCUUUAAAGCUGCCCAGCAAUAGUGCGAUGAUGAUGAUGAUAUGUGGAUGAUCUGUUGAUUUGCUCUCCCACCAGAGAAGCCUGUGUAGCAGACACAGUGGCCUUGCUCUCCCAUCUGGCUGAUAACGGACACAAAGCAAGCCUGUCAAAUCUGCAGUUUGCCUGUGAGAAAGUUGUUUUCCUAGGUCAUGUGAUCAUAAGGGAAGGGAAGACUCUCUCCCUCCAGAAUAGCUGCAAUCCAGUCUAUUCCGAGGCCUCUCACCAAAAAGCAAGUAAUGAGUUUUUUGGGUAUGACGUCAUAUUGCAGACAAUGGAUCCUGAACUACGCAGAAAUAGAGGCACCAUUGGCAGCAAUCGCCCAUGGGAAAGGCCUCAAUGCGAACGACAAAGUUGAGUGGGCGACUGACGCUGACAAAGCAUUCACUGACCUCAAACUGGCCCUGCAGUCUCCCCCGACUCUGGGCCUGCCCGACUGCUCAAGACCUUUCACCCAGACAGUCGACGAAAAGGGUGGGUCCAUGACUUCCGUAUUGCUACAAGACCACGGGGGCCGCAACAGGCCUGUAGCGUACUUUUCUUGAUUCAGCGGCAGGCUUGCCUGCCUGCCUCAGAGCUGUGGCUGCUGCAGAGAAAGAAGUGAUGGCCUCUCGAGACAUUGUAGGGUAUUCUGAUCUGACACUGCUGGUACCCCACGCUGUCUCCUUGAUUUUGCUCGAGCAGAAAACCUCUCAUUUCUCAGCUGCUAGGUGGCUGAGAUACAACACCAUUCUGCUAGAGCUCCCAAACAUUACUGUGAAACGAUGUACAGUUCUUAAUCCUGCUACCCUUCUUCCCACAGCUGACGAUGGAGAGGCACACAACUGUGUUGCUAUCAUUAAUGAAGUCUGCUCUCCUAGAUCUGAUCUGCAGGAAGUGCCACUUCAGAAUGCAGGCCUGGAACUGUUUGUGGAUGGCUCAGCAUCAAGGGACCCAGGGACAGGAAAGAACCAAACAGGUUUUGCAGUCACAACAUUACAUGUCAUUGUUCUAGCUGAACCUCUCCCCUCAAACUACUCCGCUCAAGCCGCAGAGCUUGUAGCCUUAACGAAAGCAUGCACAUUGGCCAAGGACAAGUCUGUUAACAUUUUCACAGACAGUCAUUAUGCCUGGGGAGUUUGUCAUUCAUUUGGCCAAAUUUGGGCAAACAGAAAAUUCCUGACGGCUUCAGGAAAGCCAAUUGCACAUCACACAUUGGUUGCCUCCCUCCUCGAUGCUCUGCUGCUACCAAAACAAAUCGCUGUCUGUAAAUGUGAAGCUCACACUAACAAACCUGACCUCAUUUCACAGGGAAACGCCAGAGCAGACGCCGCUGCGAAGACAGCAGCUAAGCAGUGACUAACAAAACAAUGUGUUGUUAUCCCUGCCUCACCACUGACACCUUUCGCAGAUCUGCAGGAACUACGAGCGAAAGCCACUCCACAGGAGAAGGCCAACUGGAGGCAAGCUGGUUGCGCUGUCAAAGAGAAUGUUUGGUAUGGUCCUAACUACAAACCGUGCUUGCCCAAAUAUCUUUUUCCUCACUAUGCUACGUUGACACAUGGAUGAGAUCAUGUGUCAAAAGGGGGAAUGAUGAGUGAGAUACAAAGAUAUUGGUUCACAAAGGGCUUCUCAGCCUUCUCCCAAACUUUUUGCAAAAGGUGUGUGAUCUGUGCCACAAACAAUGCAGGGGGAGGUCUUCGGACGCAACAGGGUGCCCAUCCACCCCCUGAAAGACCAUUCAAUCAUUUACAAAUGGAUUUCAUUGAACUAACACCUAGUGAGGGAAAGAAAUACUGUCUCGUGGUGGUCGACAUGUUUUCUAAGUGGGUGGAAGCUUUCCCUACAUCCAAACAGGAUGCGGCAGCAGUUGCAAAAGCUUUAAUCACAGAAAUCAUCCCACGUUGGGGAAUUCCAGCUAAAAUAUCCAGUGAUAAUGGCACACCUUUUGUAAAUACAGCCCUGAAAACUGUGGGGGACUACUUAGGUAUUGACCUUAAACAGCACUGCGCCUACCACCCAGCAAGCGGAGGUGCCGUAGAAAGAGAAAAUGGCACCCUGAAAAACAAGCUUGCUAAAUGUUGCGAAGAAACAGGUCUGUCAUGGACCAAAGCCUUGCCAACCGUCCUCAUGCACAUGAGGGCUAGAAUCAGAGCUAAAAACAACCUUAGCCCUUUUGAAAUCUUGUUUGGUCGACCUCUGCACACCGGGAUUGGGCCCGGCACGAGACAGCUCCCAGGGACAGGUCAGUGUGAGGAUGAAAUGUUGCGUUAUUGUGCAAACCUGUCCUCUGUUCUUUCUGAUAUUCACAAACAGGU